AUGACUCUGGCAAAUUAUUCCUGUUUCUCUGGCAUGAUGUGCAACAUGAGCGCAGAGCUGUCGCCCGCAGAGGCGAGCCCUGUGGUCAUGUCUCCAAACGUGAGCCUGGACUCUCCCCCGCCUCUGAUGUUGCAGGCCCGGUCCAAGGACAAUGUUCUGAUCAAGUCUGAGCCCCGGGGGGGCAGCCCCGGCACGGAGGACGGCUGCGCUCCGGGUCAGACGGAGGAGCACCUGCCGGCGGGCAGCCGCCGGAGGAAGAGGCCGGUCCAGAGGGGCAAACCCCCCUACAGCUACAUCGCGCUCAUCGCCAUGGCCAUCGCCAACUCCCCGGAGAGGAAGCUCACCCUCGGAGGCAUCUACAAGUUCAUCAUGGAGCGCUUCCCUUUUUACAGGGAGAACUCCAAGAAGUGGCAGAACUCCAUCCGCCACAACUUGACCCUGAACGACUGCUUCGUGAAGAUCCCCAGGGAGCCCGGCAGACCCGGCAAAGGCAACUACUGGACCCUGGACCCGGCAGCGGAGGAUAUGUUCGAUAACGGGAGCUUUCUGAGGAGAAGGAAGAGGUUUAAGCGCACAGAUGUGAGCACGUACCCCGGCUACAUGCAGAGCUCCAGCGCCUUCACCCCCACACCGAUGGGCAGGCCGCCGUACCCCAACACCCUGUACGCAGGGAUCGGGUCAGGGUACGGGUCCCAGCUGACGGCGGCGUCCCCGCAUCCAGCCAUGAUGCACCAUUACCAGACCCCCUCUUCCGGGAUGGGCCAAGGAGGACAGCCGCGCAUGUUCAGCAUCGACAACCUCAUCAGUCAGCAGACAGGGGUGCAGGGCGCAGAACUGAACCCCCAGACCAUGGGUUUGGGUGGUGCCGAGCUGGGUACCAUGACCUCCAGCUGCUCUGUAAGCGGCACCGAGCCGUGUUUCCAGAACCAGACUGUCAACCCGAACAUGCUGAGGAACAACAACCUGACCUCCGGGUACCCGUACUCCUCCUCUGCGUCGGCCUCCCCAAACCUGCCCUCCUCCGUGAGCCAGGCCGGGUUUUCCCCGGGGGGCUCUCAGGUGUACUGUCCAGGAAACCGGCUGUCCCUGCAGGGCCUGCGCCACAGCUCGUGCCCGGAGCACCCAGAGCAGCUGCUGGGCCUGUCCCCCCCCAUGAACUCCUACAACAGCAGCUACAUGAGACAAGGCAGCUUUGGCUCCGGCCUGGAGAGGUACAUGUGA